GGAAGCGGCAUGACUGUGGGCGGGUUCCGCAGUGACGUACACGUCACGCCGCGGCUUCUGGGGGCGGAGCUUCCGCCUGGUCCACUACGGUCAUUACAAGAAAAUGCUUUUUAACUCCAACUUAAGGCUAUGGAAAACCCACCCAGCAGCAUGGGCAGCAUGGAGGUCAUUACUGCUGAGGCUGAAUCCCCCUGCCGCUGGUUUGUGUCCUGGCCUUGGUUCUCGGGAUAUGUCUGAUGGACUCUCUUCUGUUUCUGUGGAAAGGCCUCUUCACACACCUGUCAUGCUUAAAGAGGUGCUUCAUUACUUAGAGAUCCAACCAGCUCAGGUGGUCCUGGACAUGACAUUUGGAGGUGGUGGUCAUACCAAAGCGAUACUGAACACGUUUCCCGAAGUCACGGUCCUGGCCUUAGACCGGGACCCCACAGCUAUUUCUCUGGCCCAGCAACUAGCCAAGGAGCACUCCGGCCGUGUGAAACCGCUGCUCGGCCGGUUCAGUGAGCUCGACGCCUUGCUGUGUGACAUGAACAUUAAGCCAGGCAGUGUUGAUGCCGUCCUGUUGGAUGCGGGCUGUUCCUCCAUGCAGAUGGAUCAGGCGGAGAGAGGCUUUUCCCUCAGCAAGGACGGGCCCUUGGAUAUGAGGAUGGACGGAGACAGGUACCCUGACAUGCCCUGCGCUGCUGACGUUGUGAAUACCUUAGAUCAACAGGCUCUUGCAUCUAUCCUCACUGCAUAUGGGGAAGAAAGACAUGCCAGGAAAAUAGCUUCAGCCAUUGUGGAGGCGCGUCGUGUCAACCCCAUAACCUGGACACAGCAGCUGGCCAGCGUGGUUGCAGUCUUGUGAAUGCGGAUUUGUGAUGCGAGAUGUCGCUGCAGCAGUUAUUGAACAGAGCGGCGUAUGCGUCAGCGUCACCCUGGGAGAACAGGUGUGAGUAAGAGCAGCUGUUUGAUCUCUUCUCAAGAGCGAGGCGAGUUAACAUCGAUGUUUAUUUGAAACAAUCCAAGACAUCUUGAUUUAAGAAAGUUUCCGAUGGGAGCACCUCUGACAGUGACGCUUUCAGGACAACCUUACAACCGAACGACAAACAAGGCAGCUGUGCCUGUCCGUGUCUGCACGUGUCUGGCAUUUGCAACACUCUCCAUUAGAGAGCGGAUUCGUUUUAUUACCGCUGUUCAAUAAAUGGAUGCUCUUCUGAUUAUCUCACAGUAGCUUGCCAAAGUAUUCACACACCUUGACCUUUUUCACAUUAUGUCACAGCGCGACCACAAACAUGGGAAUUGAUUAAGCAACACAACCGAACAGAUAAUUGUGAAUUAAGAAAAAAAUUAACACGCUUUUCAGAUGUUCUUUAUAUUUUCAUAUCCAUCCCUAAUUACUCUGAUGGUUCUAUACAAACUCCAGGGAAAGAGUCUCCAUUCAGAAGUCAUCUAAUUAGUAAAUGAAGUCCACCUAUAAGCUUAGCGAGAUAUGGCUGUCCUCCUAAACUGACAGUAAAGGAGAGGAUUAAUCAGUGGAGGCGUUAAAAAAAUGCAUGUUACCUAUGGAAGAGUUGUAGAUAUUCUAAGUGUGCUACAGGACAUGUAGGGGAUGCGGCACACAAGUGAAAUAUGGUUUUCUGCUCAGAGGAGACCAUAAUUGAACAUUUUGACCUGCAUGCACAAAACCUUCUUUCAGGAGGAAAACAUUGCUCAUGACCCUGAACACACAUUUCUCCCAGUAAGGAAUGUUGGUUGGAGCAUCAUGCUUUAGGGAUCCUAUCCUGCUGGACAGAAGAGCUGGUCAGAGUUAAUGGGAAAAGGGCUAGAGCUAAAUAGAGAGGCAUCCUGGAAGAAAACCAUUUAAGACGUUUAAAAUAUUUUAGGCUGCGUUGGAGGUUCACUUUUCCAACAAGACAGUGACUACACAGGUAUGUCUAAAAAACAUUUAACAGGAAAAAGUUCAAUAUUUUUUGUAACUCAUUUAAGGAAGUGGAACUCGUACAUAAUAUAGAUUCAUUGCACAUGGAGGGAAAUAUUUCAAGCCUUUUUUCUUGUAAUUUUGAUAGAUUCUUUUGACAGAUAAUGGAAACCCAAAAUUCAGUGUCUCUCACAAAAUUAGGAUAUUUUGGAAAAAAAGUUAAAUAUUGGAAGCUUGUGGCGUCACACCCUAACCAGCUAAUUAGCUCAAAACACCUGCAAAUGUUUCCUCUCAGGUUUGGUCAGUAGGCGACACAACCAUGGGGAAGAUUGCUGACCUGACAGAUGCACAGAAGCCAAUCCUUGGCACCCUACGCAAGGAAGAAAAGCCACAAAAGGUCAUUGGUUAAGACUCUGGUUGUUCACAGUGUGCUUUAGCCAAGCAUAUUCAUAGAAAGUUGAGAGGAAGGAAGAAGUAUGGUGGGAACCGGUGCACCAACAAAAGGGAUAACUGCAGUCUUUAUGACAGGAUUGUCAUACAAAAUCCAUUCAAUAUGUUGGGAAGACAUGAGGGAGGAACACAAUCGGCCUUUCUUGAAAUCCAUUGUGAAGUUUCCACAGUCAGUGAUGAUUUUGGGUUUCAUGUCAUCUGCUGGUGGUGAACCACUGUUUCUGAGUCGACUGAGCCAUCUACCAGAAAGUUUUAAAGAACCUUAUGAGAAGAGGAAGAUGAAAGACACCAGACCCAAGUAGGCACAUGACCCGAAGGCCCCUAUCAAAACACCCUCGGCUUCCAUAAAACCUUGGCAGAACCACAGGCUGAUUUAAUUUUUUACCACUCCUAAAGUCUGGCCUUCAUGAAAAAAAAGGUAGUUUGGUACUUAUUUCUGUAGUGAUUUCAGCUUUGCUGCUAUGAAUGACAACCAGCUACAGAAAAUGUGUAAAGUUAGACAAUAUCAUGGUUUUUCUAAGCUCAGGUAUCUCCCUUAAAUGCUCAGAAAUUGAUUGAUGUGUGAAAACUAAAAACAUAAGCUUUCAGCUCCAUAGGAUAAUCCUGAAUCUACAGUUUUUUUUUAUUCAAGUUUAAAUUGAGCAUCAAAGGUGGUUGUCUUAUAAACAACAGGUUCUCUCAGCGAUGAGCGUAAACAGAUGUGAGUACGAUAAGUCCGUGCAUUCUGGCAGCAACAUGAACAAUGUUGUUGCCAGAAUGCACGCUUUGUUCAAAUUCUUUCGGUAAACAAAACAACCUUGUAAAGUUAAAAACUCAUAUAAAGUAUUAACGAUGCUCUUGAAUGCGGUCAUUCAAACAUAAUGUGAACAGGUGAAUGCAGACAUGAGGUCUUGUUUUCCUGUUUUAUGUUCUUUAUAAAUUCUUAUUCAGGCUUUGACCUACAACAUAACGUGCGGAUGCUGAAAAACUGGCUUAAUACUUUUUUUUAGACAGUUAAUGAUUACGGGUGUUUGCAGGAGACGGGUUUCUGACCACGGGGGGUUCCCAAUGAUUUAUCUGUGGUAUAAAUUCUGUCAGUCAAACCUUUGGACAAGUCCAUUAAUUUUGAAUGAGGCAGUUGUUUCUAAAGGAUUGACUGAACCUGUAGUUUUCUUUGUGCCUUUCUUCCUUUGAGCAACUUGAUUUUAAAGGAUAAAUGUUACGUGUGAUAUAUUUUUUUUAAGAUCAUAGCUUCUCUCCAAAUUUCUGUCUGCAGAUUUUAAAGGUGCUGGUGCUGUGCGUAGUUAUUAUCCACAAAUCACGGACGAUAUACUGAGGUCCAAGAAGAGACAAGAAACCGUAUAUUUUCUCUAUGUGUAAUAAAACAUUGCUCUACCUUCUACUAACACCGCCAGAGCAUGUCAAUGAGAAGAAAAUUGAACAAAUUAGAAAAAUGAGGUUAUUUUCCACAGAUCGGGCAGCUCAUGUCAAGGGAGUGAUGAAUGAAAUACAUACAGACAUGCUGGUGCCAAAGCCUCCAACAGAGUCCUAUCAGCAAUGCACGGCUGGUAUUGACCUGUGUAUGUCCUCCAUACUUUUCAGACCCCUAGUUUUGUUUGCUUCUUCCCUUUGUUGUUUAGAUAUACUGUGGCUUAUAUAGGUGUAGCUGUUUUAUAUUUUAUUCUUUUUAAAGGUUGUUAUAUACAGUAGGCUUACAAUCAUCAUGGGUAUAAAUGGUGGGCAGUCCUCUCUUGGCAGGUUUGUUGUUGUAUAGUGUGCUUUACAUUUGAAUAUGAUGGAUUCGAUGGCACUCUUGGGGAACAUCCAGGCUUUGUAUAUAUCUUUAGAACUCCACCCUGACUUGUACUUCUCAACAACUUUGUCCCUGGCUUGUUUGGAGAGUUCUUUCAUGGUUUUAUGCAUCUUGCUUAGUGGUGCUGCAGCCUCUGGGGCCUUUCAAAAAACGUUAUUAAUGCUGAUAGAUCAUGUGACACUUAAAUUCCAAGCGUUCAUCCUGAUAGUGUUUACUUACCUUUUUGAGCCUGAAAAGAAGUUUGCACCAGUACAAACCAAAUCUACUGGCAUCACCUUUCACAGGUAAAAAUAAACAUAUACUUAUGAUUGUAUUUAUGCAUUAUGACAUAAUUAUGACAUCAAUAUGAUGUUGUAUAUAUGUCAGCAAUGUUGCCUCUCCUUCUUUACUUAUUGCCUUCGUG